CCCUUGAUCGCCGCCGAGCGCCCUCGCUGGCUCGACUCGACGACCAACUCACCUGCCCUCGCCGCCGCAUCAGUCCCAAUGAAUGCCGCACGCCAGGCGUGUCGCCCAAAACACCAGGUGCUCGUGCUCAAGUGUUACCCCAAGUUCCAAAAGAACAAUGUCGAGGUCAAGGCCAAUUCUAGCGAGCUGAGCUAUCUGCUCUACUAUGCGAGCACGCGCCGCAGCAAAUUGCAAAAAGUCGGCGACUUUUUGGAUAAGCGCAUGACGGCGGAUGUGUGGAAAGGAAGGAUAGGCAACGUACAAGUAACUCUCGAGAUUCUCAAAGCGCUCGUCGAAAAGUGCCCCCGUGACCUCCCCCUUUUCGCCGCCGCCGUGUUACGCAGCUUGCGCACUAUCCUCAAGUCCAACGAUGUUGCCAUGGUCGAGGAUUCCGUGCCCACUUUCGAGUCCCUCUGCGCGAACCAGGACCCCGCCAAUCUCGCCGCCGAACAGGAUUAUAUCAAGCAGUAUGAGGAGAUAGUGCAGCUCUACGCUCAUUUUGCGUCUCGCGAUGUGGGAAACGACGUGGGAAAGAAUACUAAGGCGCCCGUCAGUUGGCCCGUUGCCAUUCGUUAUCGCAAGUCGGGUCUACGGGCGCUCAAGGCUGUCGCCGCGUCGGAAUCGCUGGGAGCGGAGACGGGGAGGCAGAUUGCGGUCCUCAUUCCGGUCAUUCUUAAUAACAUAUGGGCUGAGAAUGGCGACUACCUCCGCACACUUGCAGCACGUGAAAAGAACGAGCAUGGGGAUCAAGAGAAAGAGGAUGUUAUACGACGCCGGCAAAGCGUUUCUACGGCACGAACCGACGAAGAAGAGGAAAAUGUAAUCGCAGCUUCGGGAACGACAGAAGAGGCGGACAAGCUGGCGGAACAAGAGGUUGGGGUCCUUGCGCUACAGGCUCUGAGGCAUAUCUUUCUGGGUGUGAACCGGGGCCACAUGCGUAUCGCAACGGCUGCUGUCUUGCAAUUCAUCGGGACCCAUGUCAAACCGCGAGAACCGCAAGAUGGGCUGGGCUCGAUCAAUUGGGAAACAAGUCUCAUGUCAAUGAUCUGUGGAUGGGCACCUGUGCAAGAUCGUUACAUGAUUCUAGUCUACACUGUCGAAGCGCUGGUACGAAGCCCUAUCGUAGAAGAGGAUCUCGAUCGUCAGUUGGUCCUUGCAACUGUAGUAAACUACCUGCUCAGUUCCCCGAUAAACUUUAUCGGUCUGAGCGUCAUGGAUGUUUUGGUUGGCCUUGUCGCUCAUACACUACUGCUUCUCCAGCUUGGUGGUCCUGGUACUGCCAUCAUGCCACAUCCUCAGCAAGCAACGACUAUAGGCUCAGAAAAGCAGUCAAGCGAUCCCAGAUCUUCGGUGGGAAGUCUAGGCGGCGUAGUUAUGGAGAAGGUGAAAGGCGCUUCGCAAUCUAGGUUGCAUCUGUUGGAAACAGUGAAAAAAUGCAUGGCGAGUCUGGCCACUCAUGUCUACUAUACCGAUCAGAUCUCCGAUAUGGUCGCGGCUAUCCUCGCUCGUCUUAAGCCCUCUCCUUUGACCCCCAUCAGUAACACGGCCGAUGCUAUUGAAGAUCCCGUCGGAGCGGCAAAUGCGAUCGCCAGUUCGGCUGGUCUUCAUGAAAAAUCCCCUGGGACUGACAGGUUCUUCUCGUUCGAAAAUGCGCGACUGACAGCUCUGGAGACUGUGAAGAAUAUCAUCAGGACAGCAAAUACCCGAAGGCCUGACGGAUCGUCCGCAUCUGUAUCGAGAAGCUCGGUUGGCGUCAAAGCGUGGGAGGGUACACAGUGGCUUCUUCGUGAUCCUAGUGGACAAGUCCGGAAGGCUUACAUCGAUGCUUUGCUCACUUGGCUGAAUUUGGAGAAAAACAAGGAGGAUCUCAAGCUCGCAGACGACUAUCGAAAGGAGAAGAAGGAGAACGACAAAGGCGGUUUGGCUAGGCGGGCGGUCUCCAAUGCCUCACAGCGCGAUAAAUCCCCAAAACGCGUGAAGAACACAUUUCUAGCUCUGCUUCAUCUCGCGGUAUACGAGAAUGCCCUGCAGUUUGUGGACUCGGAGCCAGAUCUGUUGCUUCUCCACCUUAUGCUCACAACUCUCGUGAACAAACUUGGCGUCAAUGCCGCUCGGAAUGGAUUACCCAUGAUUCUUCGAUUGCAAGAGGAUAUUGUAUCAAUCAGCAACCCUGGUUCCAAGGUUCGCAUCGGGAGUCUCGUUCACGGCUACCUGUGGGCUCUGAGCACAGCCAUGGAUUUUGAGACUUCCUCGGUUGGCAGAACAUUGCAUGCAGAGAUCUCACGGCGUAGCAACAAGGGUCUAUGGGUGAAGGACAUUCGCGUCCCGCCCAUGCCUCUCGAACGCAUUGAUACACCACAUAAUGAUCCUGCCAAGCUGCCUACAGAAAUCGUACAAACAGAAGCGCUCAAGCCGUUCGACCUUCGUGAGGCUUUCGUUGAUUGUAUCGCAGAUGGGUAUGCCACCUCCCUUAACUCGCCUCCUUCCAGCCCACCCAGUUCACCAGGUGCCCGGUCCAUGUCGAUCGCGUUGAAUGCACCACAGACACUCAGGCCACUGCCCCAAUUAUCAUACAAAGUAAGGGAAGAGUUGCUCGCAGAGUGGACAAAAGAUGCCUGUCUGGCUUCCAAUGUCAAGGACCCAUCUUCUGCCUCCAUGACUGGGUCCAAGACUGCGGCUUCCGGCCAGAAGAAUAACUACCUAGGUGUUACCAUCCCCAACGGCAAUCUUGAUAGCGCGAACAAUUCUCCUCUUCCCUCUCCCCAUCGUGCGCACAGUCGCAGCCGCCCACCUUCGACAGCUUAUGGGCUCGUUGGCCGCCUUUCAUCACCGCAUCGCAACCGCAGCCCAUCCAAUACCCCGGGUAGCACUUCGUCAAUUCACUCUGCACCCCGAGUCGAGGAGCUCAAACGCGUUCUUGCUGGAGCUCCCCCGCGCUCAUCAUACUCUGUCCGGCCACCAACCGUUCGCUACCAAGAAGAUUUCGCUCACGACUCCUCCGCUUCAGACUCCAUGGUCAGCGUACACAGCUUGACAGACGCGUCCUUCAUCACCGCUGAUCCUUCGUCUCCCGACGACGCUACCACUCCAGCUGUUUCUACCACGCCCCGUCCACAUUCCCAGGCCUCGCAGCAGUCGCCACCCUCACCUACCCACGCAUCUACCGCCCACCACCGUGCCUACUCUAGAGACGCCGUUCCACCUGUCCCUCCAAUCCCAGAAUCCCUCCGGGACCAAGCUACUACCUCACCAACUGGAAGCCCCUCGUUCGAACAAACCCACGAACGCCCUAGAACGGCACCCGGCAAUAACAGCAACAGCACAGACUUUUCCCAGUCCAAUGGCUCCAUUGGCGUCGCCAAAACCCGGAACUCUAAGCGUGGGAGCAGUACGCACGGCGCACGUAGUCUGCGCGAUCGUAGCACAAGUCGCGGUAGGAGCGGAACUGUUGGAAGUGCGUUCACUACGGGCCCCGAUGGCGGGGGCGAGCGAUUGGGAUUAGGAAGUGCUGCACCUGUGGCGGGAAAGAAAAUUGGAGGGGGUAAGAGGAGGCAACCUGACUUUAGCGACUUCUUGAAAAGCAUCGAUGUGGGGGAUGACGAUGAUGACGAGGAAGAUGGUGGCCAUGUAGGAAAGAGGAUUGGGAAAGCGCCCUAUUGA